GGAGGUUCCCACGUGACCAGGCACCGGGCCAGGCUCGGGGCUCCGGGUUCCGGCACGUUACUCGCUGCAGCCUGGGACGCGGCCGGACGGGCUCUCCUGGGCGGCGGGGGAUGCCCCGCACCAGAGCGUCCCCCCGCUGCUGAGCCACAGCAGCACCCCUCGUGGCAAGCAGGGCCCAGCCCAGAGCCAGGAGAGCCCCCGCUGCUGGCGAGCCGGAGCGGGCAGGGCCGCACCAUGUAGCCCCCGCGGCAGCCACCGGCAUGGAGCUGAUCACGGCAGAGUCCCCAGGCCGGCUGGUCCGGCUCUACCGGGAGUAUCACAACAAUGAGCUCAUCUCCCUGCAUUACAACUACACGGGGAAGCUGCAGGGCAGCAGCAAGUACAGGGGGGGCCUGAAGGCUGAUGCAGUGGCCUUCCUGGCCGUCUGCGCCCUCAUCGUGCUGGAGAACCUGGUGGUGCUGCUGGCCAUCUGGAGGAACAAGAAGUUCCACUCGCCCAUGUUCUACCUGCUGGGCAACCUGACCCUGUCGGACCUGCUGGCUGGCCUGGCCUACACAGCCAACAUCGCCAUGUCGGGCGCCAACACCCUCCAGCUCACCCCGCUGCUGUGGUUCCUGCGGGAGGCGGGCGUCUUCAUCACGCUGGCCGCCUCCGUCUUCAGCCUGCUGGCCAUCGCCAUCGAGCGGCACAUCACCAUGAGCCGCCUGAAGCUCUACCACGGCGACAAGAAGGCCCGCAUGUUCCUGCUGGUGGGGGCCACCUGGGCGGCUUCGGUGCUGCUCGGGCUGCUGCCGAUCCUGGGCUGGAACUGCCUGGACAGGCUGGACAACUGCUCCACCGUUCUGCCGCUCUUCUCCAAGAGCUACAUCCUCUUCUGCAUCACCGUCUUCCUGGUUAUCCUGGUGUCCAUCACGGUGCUCUAUGCCCGCAUCUUCCGCAUGGUCAAGGGAAACAGCCCGCGGCUGGGCAGCCUGCGCAAAGGGAUGCUGAAGCGCUCGCAGAAGUACAUGGCCCUGCUCAAGACGGUCACCAUCGUGGUGGGGACUUUUGUGGCCUGCUGGCUGCCCCUCUUCGUGCUGCUGCUGCUGGACGUGUGGUGCGAGGUGCAGGCCCAGGCCUGCCGCGUGCUCUACAAGGCCGACUACUUCCUUGGCUUGGCCAUGAUCAACUCCCUGCUCAACCCCAUCAUCUACACGCUGACCAGCAAGGACAUGCGCCGGGCCAUCCUCAAGCUGCUGUGCUGCCUGCUGGUGGGGCCGGCCGAGGACAGCCCGGCCCAGCGCUUCGGGAUCCCCAUCCUGGAGUGCAGCACCAGCAAGUCCGAGCGCUCGUCCCACCGGCCCGAGGGGAUUGAUACCAGCCUGUCCACGGGCAACGGGACGCCCACCCCCAUCAAGGUGCCGAGUACUGAGCCCCCCUCCCCAGCACUGGGGUAGGAGGGCAGCACGGGCCGGGGGAAGAGUUGGGACAGGUGCCCCCUGCGACUUGGAAUGGCUGGAGCCCUGGCUGCCUGGGAGGCGAGGGACCCCUGCUGGGAGCUGAGUGCGCCCCCUGCUGGCCUGGUCUGUAGGAAGCUGGUUGCUGGUCCGGGCAGCAUAUUUGUAUGGCACAGCCCGUUAACACCUGUGGGCCCGAAUCGGCUCACACAAGCUGCCUUAGCCAUUCCCCCCACCAAAUGAUCCAGUGCACCCCCCGGCGCAGAGCCGAUCCCAGAUCCCACGCCCCACACGCCCCCCCGGCACAGAGCCGAUCCCAGAUCCCAAGCCCCAUGUGGCCCCCCCGGUGCAGAGCCAAUCCCAGAUCCCACGCCCCACACACCCCCCCGGCGCAGAGCUGAUCCCAGAUCCCACGCCCCACGCGGCCCCCCCAGCGCAGAGCUGAUCCCAGAUCCCGCGGCCCCCGCGGCCCCCCCAGCACAGAGCGGAUCCCGCGGCCCACUGGUGCAGAGUCAGUCUCGGAUCCCAUGCCCCACGUGGCUCAGAGCCAAUCUCGGAUCCUGCAGCCCAUGCGGCCCCGCCCGGCGCAGAGCCGAUCCCAGACCCCGCACCCCACGUGGCUCCCCGGCGCAGAGCCAAUCCCAGAUCCUCCCAUGGCCAGCACAGCCCAGAUUACAACCCCUGGGCCCCCUCCCAGAGGCUCAGCACACCCCACUUCCCACUCCAGUGACCCAGUACAGGAGACCCCCCCCAUCUGCACCCCACGCUGCCUGGGGGCUCUCUGGCCAGGCCCUGCGCCCCCCUCACUCGUGGUAAAUUAAGGCCUCUCGGGGCCCCGUGUUGUUGGUUUUUUUAACAGGUUUGUAAUAAAAAGCCUCCUUGGCACUCCC